AUGCGGUCUGCUGUAGCUGCUCUACUCCUCGCAGCUGCCACAGUCUCUGCUUGUAGAACAGAGCAAGCCUCCAACUUCCCAGUCUCUCCGGAAGUUGCCGCUCAAUACGGUUGCGGAAAGACCUGUCAAGAAUCCUUGAAUCAAACAAACUCCAAGGACCUAGACGACUUUGAUACGCCUUUCGACUUCGACUUCUAUGCAACAGCGAAUAAUUUCUCCAACUCCAAGCCUGGAGACCUUCUGAAACUCCAUCCGGUUGACCCCGAUCUCCUGGACCUCCCCGGCGGUGUCGCUACAUACAAGAUCCAGUACACGUCGGUCGACCUGGACAACUCUACCGUCCCUGCCACCGCAUUCGUUGCCUUUCCAUUCGUCCAACGAGGUGGCCCAUUCAAGCUUGUCGCAUUCGCACAUGGAACGUCCGGCGUAUUCCGAGCUUGCGCUCCAUCAACCUCCUCGAGCCUCUAUGAUUAUGAUACCUUGAUUCCUUUGCUAUUUUCAGGAUAUGCUGUUGUCGGGACCGAUUACGCUGGCCUUGGAAACAACUACACAAGCCAUAAAUAUAUAUCCGCCAGGGCUAAUGCCAAUGACGUCUAUUGGUCAACUAUUGCAGCGAGGAAAGCGUUCCCUCACCGUCUCUCUGAGAAAUGGGUGUCGAUUGGCCACUCGCAGGGUGGAGGUGCCUCCUGGAAGCUAUCUGAACACGAACUGGUGCAGACCAAUGAGAGUGGCUAUCUGGGUGGGGUCGCGAUUGCCCCGAAUACCCACAUAUAUGACGCUGUCGUCGAGGAAAUGGACAACCUUGAGGGUUCUUCUGCUGAAGAGUCUCAGAAUUCCGGUGCCUUCUCGUAUAUCCCAUCGGUAUACUUUGCUCUGAGGGCCGUUUUCCCCAACUACACGGCAACAUGGUUAUCUGACGUCGCUCGGAAACGUAUUGAACUGGGGGAACACGCUCAGCUCUGCGCCACUGCUUUGCCUGCCGUGAUGCAGGGCCUGAAUUUCUCGCAAGUCAUUACGAAAGUCGACCCUAGUGGUCUUGCGCCCAUCAAGGAAUUCCAAGACAUGAACGCCCCGGCGCAGGGGGACAAAGCCGCAAGGCCUCUUCUUGUGAUUUCGGGGGCGAACGACACCACUGUACGCCCAGCCCUUGUCAAAAAGGCCUAUAAAAAGAGCUGCGAGGCCGGAAAUAUUGUCCGCCUGAGCAGUUAUCCUGGGCUAGAACAUUCCCCGGUGUUUGGAGCUUCCGCACCAGAAUGGCUCGAAUUUAUCAACAACCUCUUCCAUGGCCGUGGUUUGUCCAACUGCAGCAUGGAAACCGUAAGGCCUUUCGAUGCGCGUCACGCUAACUUCCCUGAAGAAGAAUGA